UUACUGAUUGCGGUAUUCCCUUUGAUUUCGCUUUCACCUUUAUGCAUUCGUUUGCGUGGGUUAAAUUUUUGCGAUUUAGCGUAUUUUUCUGGAAAGUUACUGGUAGGUGGUGGAGAUUUGACUGCCGUUGAUUACUCAGAUCGGCUGACGAUGGACUCAUCUUCGACGCAUCCUGCCCGCAUCGUCAUAGCGUCGGGCAAUCAUUCCCGCGUGCAGACGAUGAGCAUGGCCCAGUCGUUCCCCAGCAGUUCGACGCUUCUCAGCGGCUUUCCCGUGACCAUCGCUGCUCCCUCCACCAGCUCCGGCAGCAACGCUCCCGUCCAGAUGAUCUUGCUGGACACAUCCAGUCAUUCGUCCACGUCCGGGACGUCGGGAAGGGCCAAUUUCGUCAAGAUGGUGUCCAGUGGAUCGAAGCAUUCGUCUGCGUCGGGGAGCAGUGUCAUUACACUGACCCCCGUCAGUAAAUCCCCGGCCGUCGUCUACAGCAACCAAAAUGGAAUCCGUCAGGCUGGACCAAGUGCAAAUCGAGCGUACACUUCGUCUAAUCUCCCCAAAACCAUCAAAGUGGUGGCCUCUACAAGCGGGAGUGGACAGCCAAGAUCACGUCCAGUUUAUGGGUCAGCAGCAAAUAAUCCGAAACCGAUUCCCCUAAAACUCAUGAAACCUCGCGCUCCCAAUCCCAAAGUACCCAAACCCAGCACGUCGCAGGCCAAAAAAGCCCCCCCUCCAAAGUCUCGUCAACCCAUUGCGAAGCCUGUAGCGAAGAAGAAGCCGGUGAAGAGGAAACGGGCCAAAAAGCGUGACAACACAAGGCAGGACACGUAUACUGCCGAGAUGAACGAUCUGCGCUCCAAGAUCCAGAGUCGAUUUGAUGCCAAGCGCAAAGUGCAGAUUAAAAAGGAGGAUGUUGGUUACGACGGUCCCUAUAUUAAAUCCUAUCAUCUGCCCGAAACUCAGGGCCAAAUGCCGGUUCGCAAUUUUAUCGUGGACGAUCUGGAAGCUCAUGUGGUGCCGACGGGCACCAAUCGGCAUCGUCUAAAGCUGGAGAAACCGACCGGGAUGUCGGGUACGGAUACGGUACUGACGUGUGCGUUCUGCCAUUUGGAUCCCGCAGCCGAGCGUGAGACGGGGAUGGGCGAUCUGAUUGGACCGAUUCUCGUGCCGGCGGAGGUGCGCUGGAAUCGGAAGCCUGGUGAAGAUAAGGCAUACGUUUAUGUGCAUUCCAGAUGUCUCGAGUGGUCGUCCAAUUUCCGUAUGAUUGGUUUCGAACUUGCGGAGCCGCGGGCAUUGUUUGAAGAUUGUAAAAAUACGUGCGAUAUUUGUGCACGUCGCGGUGCCACUAUCGGGUGUUCGGGGCCUCGGUGUGUGAAAGCGUUUCAUUAUCCCUGCGCUCAGUUACAAGGACUUAAAAUGAUUCGUGAUUCUCAUCAGAUUUACUGCGAAACACACCAGAAUGCGUUGAUGCGUAAGCGAAAGAGAAGUGAAAAGGCAUGAAAAGAUGUUCAAGAUGCAUUUCUGUGAAUUAGAUGGUGUUGGUACUUCAUGGUUGAUAUGAUUUGCUGAUUUUGCAGCACUGAUUAUGUUUGUUGACGUUGCACACUGCUCUUUAUUUGGAACAUGGUGAUACUUCUUGUUUCCUUUUGAAAAAUCUGGUUGGUGCUAUACUGUUAUUACGUGAACGUAUGAGUCUGGAUCAUUGUUUAGCUCUUGUUUAUUUGCUGAAGUUAAACUUUAUGCCAUCUUUGAGUGCGUGUAAGCAAAUAAAUGACGAG